CUAGUCUCUACAUAUAUGGUCAAUGUGUGUGCUCCAAAUUGCAAUCUAACAAUAAUUAAACAAAUAUCAUUGACAAAUAAAUAUUAACAAACUUUAUUUAUUUAUCUAAAUAAAAAAAAUAAAAAGAAUAAACAAUGGAAGAAGUUCAAAAAAAAUUACAAUCAGAAGUUGAAGCAUACAAACAAGUUCAACGAGACUACCAUAAAGCUGUGAUUACUCGUCAACAACUUGAUGGACAAUUGAAUGAAAAUACUGCUGUCAAAGAAGAAUUAGAUUUACUCAAAUCUGGAAAUGAAGUAUUCAAAUUGAUUGGACCUGUCUUGAUAAAACAAGAACUCGAUGAAGCCAAACAAAAUGUCAACAAAAGAAUUGAAUAUAUUUCAAAUGAAUUAAAACGUACAGAAACUGUUAUUGCUGAUCUUGAUACAAAACAACAGCAACAUCGUGAAACUCUUGAUAAACUUCAACAAAUGUUCCAAAUGGCACAUCAAAAAACUGCUGUUAAAGCUUAAAUACAAAAAAGAAAAAAAGAAAAAAACAAUACAUUUAAAUUAAACAAAUAAAUGAAAAAUAUUAAUUAUUACUUUUACAAAUGAAAAAAAAUAAUAAUUAGAUUUUUAAAAAAAUAAAAAAACAGAUUUUCAUCAAUUGUUGUUUUUUUUUAAAUUAAUUAAAAUUAUUGUGAAAUUAAUUAAUUGAUAAAUAAGGAUUAUUAAUGAA